AUGUCGAGUUCCCCGGAGCCUUCCCCCACGUCUGUGGCGGGCGGUGGAAGAACCUUCUCCAUGUCUAGGGACAAAUUCAACAUCGACAUUCCCAACUCUCCUCGACUCACUCUCACCACGAACGGCAACCACGUCAAUGGCGUCAACGGGAAUGGGAAUUUGAACUCGCCAAACCCGCUCAAAUCGCCGAAUGCACGCCGCGUUCAGAGCUUCUCGCGUGACGGCAUUCUUGGAUCCGCCCAGAAAACUAGGAAUCUUUCUCAAUCCUCUGGGGACAGAGAAUCCAUGACAAACGGUCUGAAUCAAACCCGGCAGAACAGUGACGAUGGAAUAAAUCCGUUGAAAAGAAGAAGCACCGAUGCUGGACUCGACUACCCAAGGCGGAGGGCUACCAUUGCUUGCGAGAUAUGUCGUUCUCGCAAGUCAAGAUGCGAUGGAACGAAGCCAAAGUGUAAACUCUGCACAGAGUUGGGAGCAGACUGUAUUUAUCGGGAGCCAGGAAUAAAACUUGAUGCUGGCGACAAGCUUAUCCUGGAGCACCUCACCCGCAUCGAGGGUCUACUCCAAUCCAAUCUGGUCGGCCAAACGAAUGGCCUCGUACUCUCUGCGAAUUCGCCAUCCAUCAAUGGCGCAACAACUAUCAGCAAUGAGGAUAUUAUGAUGCAGAAUAACGUCAAUUUCGUCUCGAUGAUUCCUGCCUCUGGUCUCGGAACCUGGACGUCGGUUGGCACGAAUAUUUCGACUAUGCCAAAAGUGCACACCAAUGCAGCACUACACCUCCUUCAAUGGCCUUUGAUACGAGAUCUGGUGUCGAGACCUUACGAUCCACAAAUUCUACUCCAGCUGGAAAUGGCUCGAGAACCUCUCCCACUUUCCAAGGCCCCAUGUCUGGACCUUUCGAAUACGUCAGCCUAUAUUGAGGCUUUUUUCGCAAAAGUCAAUGUCUGGUAUGCAUGCGUCAACCCAUUCAAUUGGCGAAAUUACUACCGUAUUGCACUUUCGAAUGGAUUUCGCGAGGGGCCGGAGAGUUGCAUUGUGUUGUUGGUACUCGCUCUCGGUCAGGCCAGCUGUAACGGGUCUAUUUCUAGACUCCCACUGGGCGAAGAUCCCCCAGGACUGCCAUAUUUUGCAGCAGCAUGGGCUCUACUCCCUGGCUUGAUGACUCGCAAUUCCGUGCUAUCAGCACAAUGCACGGUCCUGGCUUCGGCAUAUCUUUUCUAUCUGGUCCGGCCCCUGGAAGCUUGGACACUACUUGCAAGUACCAGCACCAAGCUACAACUGCUUCUCUCGGCCCCUGGACGGGUUCCGGCCGCUCAACGGGAGCUCAGCGAACGGGUUUACUGGAACGCUCUUCUCUUUGAGUCCGAUUUACUUGCCGAAAUGGAUCUUCCCCACUCCGGAAUUGUCCAGUACGAAGAGAGUGUCGGGCUCCCUGGCGGAUUCGAGCCCGAAGAUGAAGAAUCUGUGGGACGAGACGACCUCUGGUAUUUCCUCGCGGAAAUUGCUCUACGAAGGCUCCUCAACAGAGUAUCACAACUAAUUUACAGCAAAGAUUCCAUGGCUUCAACACAAAGUCUGGAGCCGGUAGUGGCUGAACUAGACUACCAGCUCACUCAGUGGUACGACAGCUUACCGCUGCCCCUACAAUUCCCGUACUCUCGGUCCAUGUUGAAUGAUCCGGUGCAAACGGUGCUCAGACUGCGGUAUUUUGCGUGUAAGACAAUCAUUUACCGACCAUAUAUUCUGGCUGUGCUGGAUAAUGAGCAGGCGGCGAUGGAUCCGAGUGUGAGGGAGAACUGUCGGAAGUGUCUCGAGGCAAGCAUCAGACAGUUGGAGCACAUCACUGCCCACCAUGCUGGACACAUGCCUUACCUUUGGCAAGGAGCCCUCUCCAUCGUCAGCCAGACCCUCCUUGUCAUGGGCGCAACAAUGUCGGUGUCACUUUCCUCCAUCCUCGCCACCUUGGUCCCAAGUCUCGACACCAUAGACGCAAUUAUCAAUGGUGUUAUCUUAGAGAUCGAGCUGUACGCACACCUUGCGCCAUCCAUCAGCCUCUCGAGCGAGAUUCUCAGGGAAGCAGAGAUGCGACGUCGGACUUUCUUAGGUGGAUAA